GUAUAAAACUAUACAUUGCUGCUCGGUAACAAGAAGCUAGUCGGCUAUAAUUAGCGAAUCGUCAUGUGUGAGUCGGUCUUCAAGGUGCUCGUGAUAGGAGACUCGUCUGUUGGCAAGACGGCAAUGGUGGCUCGCUACUGCCACAACCGGUGGCUGGCCCAAUACAAAGUCACCCUAGGAGCUGACUAUGCAGUGAAGACGCUCACUUGGAAGGACAGAGAAGCCGUCAGACUGCAUAUGUGGGACCUGGCUGGACAGGACCAUUUCAGGCAGAUGUCUCGUACCUAUUUCCGCGGGGCCUCGGGCUGCGUGGUGAUGUUUGACGUCACCAACAGACAGACGUUUGAGAACGUUGCGGUCUGGAAGGCAGAUCUUGACUCAAAGGUUGUCCUUCCAAGCGGGAGACCGAUACCCUGCAUCUUAGCUGCCAACAAGGACGAUGAACAGAACCAGUGUGUGCCGUCCCACGAGCUGUCCAAGUUUGCCAAGGAACAGGGCUUUUUCAGCUUCGUCUUCAUGUCCGUCAAAGAGAACAGAAAUGUCACCGAAAUGAUGACUCAGCUAGUAGAGCAGAUGCUGUCAGUGGAGGAGAGUCUAGGAAUGGUACAACAGGCAGAGGACGUCUCCACGAGACUUAUCAGAAUUGAAAACAGCAAAAAAUCUAGUGACUCGGAGAGCUGUGUGUGUGCCAGGUAGCCUCGUAUUUUCUAUUUUUAGCAGUUUUAUUUUAAAGCCUAACAUCUUCUUGUGUAUAUAUAGU